AUGGAUGAAAUGCACGAUUUCAAAAUUAUCGCCAACGGGGCAUGGAAGGAGAUGGUGAUUGCAAUACAACCCAGCACAAAAUUACGGAACGACUUCUCCACAAUAUUCGGCAGAGUGAAGAGAUCAAAGGCUGUUUGUGCUUGUGAAGUAACAAAGACGGUGUGCCCAACAGGACCACGAGGACCACAAGGAUCACCUGGACAAGCUGGUGAACCUGGUGCACCAGGCGAAAGGGGACAUCCUGGACGACCAGGAAUUGGAAUUAUCAACAAAGAUGUGGCAUUCGGCUGCAUACAAUGUCCAGCUGGUGCUCCAGGACAACCAGGAAGCGAUGGGCCCGUGGGAUCACCUGGUCCCAAUGGGCAAGCUGGAAAACAAGGAAAUGCUGGCGCAACUGGAGAACCUGGGCCUGCAGGACCACAAGGGGAUGCAGGAAAACCAGGAACUGCAGGUGUUCCUGGAAAACCGGGUACUGCAGGGAAAAACAAGAAGGGUGGCCGAGGGAAACAAGGACCACCUGGACAUGCUGGAUCCAGAGGUACUACCGGCCAUCCAGGAAUGAAAGGUAAAGAUGGUGCACGAGGGAAACCUGGCCCGCAAGGCAUGCCGGGUGCAGCGGGUAAAAAUGGAACUGAAGGCAUCCCCGGCAAGCCUGGCCGUAAAGGAGAUGCAGGCUUACCUGGCGCCGAUGCAGCAUACUGUCCCUGUCCACCGCGAAGCACUCAACCCGAAGCGUCCAAUUACUACAUGCGAUUUCGAUUUGCAAAAUCAUGA